CAUCCAUAUGCUACGCCCGACUAUAGCGUCUUCUUGCGAGUUUUGAUUGCCGCUCGAGCCGGCCGCUCGUCCGCCCGCCCGCGUACACUCACUCACGACUGCUGCAGAGUUGGUGCUACGCAUUUCAUGGUCCGCGCGACGAUCCACAUUCGCACGGUGGUGACCUUCGACGCUUCGAGGCGCGCGCAACUCGACCUUCCUCGACGGCCCCCCCCCCAAUACGCACCCUCGAUCGCGAGCGCACACUCACGCAACUCGACAUUCACAUUCCUCGACGCGCCACGUACGCACGCUCGCGAGCUCUCACGCACUCGACAGCACCCACUCGCGCACCCACCCACGCAUUCGCACCACCCACUCUUUCGAUAUGAGCGGACUCGCGCCCUGGGACAAGCAAGGUCAACUGGCUGCUCUCAAGCAGUUGCGCGACUCGACCGAUAACCUGAUCAAGUACAUUUCCGAGCAAGAUGGAGAUGCGCCCAUCACCCCCUCGGCAGCUUGGGUCUUUCCUUACACGCCCGAUUCCAAACACCUGGCAGACUCUUGGCGCAACGAUUGGUCGCUGGCACUCAGCAAGACGCUCAACCCGACGCAGCUCCUCGUAGAAUUCUUGUGCGGAGAUCACGAAUCCUCUGCAUUGCACGCCUUUCACACCUUGGGUCUGGCAGAGGUGCUGCCUGGGCCGAACAACUCGUCAGCAGCGGGAAUCGAGGCUCCCAUCUUGGCUGAAAAGGUCGGGGCUCACGUAGAAGGUCUUCGAUCCGUGCUGAGGAUGCUCAAGCGUGCUCGCAUCGUCGAGGAAGAGGGUGAGCCGCUGUCCGACAGGUGGCGCGGUACCGUCUUUACAGAAGUGUUGCGCAAGGAAUCGCCCAUCCCGAUGGGCGCCAUGGUAGAGUAUGCGCGCGACGAAGCCAAUCAAGCCGUUCAACUCGUGCCCGAGCUCGUAAAGAGGGAAAAUGCGGGCAAGAGCGGUAUUUCCAUCAAGUACCAGCAGCCUGAUCUGUUUGCCCUGUACGCCACCGAUGGAGACGCGCGUCGAAUUCAACGCUUCAAUUUGGCCAUGCAAUCCCUCUCUCCCAUCAUUGCUGGCGGACCUACAGAAGAUUACCCUUGGAAAGACGUGACGGGUCUGGUCGUGGACAUUGGGGGCGGUGUAGGCGGUCAGACGAUUCCGCUCGUUGCGCGUUGGGACCACCUCAAGAUUCAAAUUCAAGACACGGAGCCGGUCAUCAACGAUGCCAAGCACGUCUGGGCGGGCAUGCCUCCACCUUGGACAGCCAGAGUACAAUUGCAAGCCCACGACUUUCUGAAAGCUCAACCAGACGACACUGCAGCUGCGGCGCAAAUCUACUUUUUGCGCUUCGUAUUGCACGAUUGGGCCGAUUCCAUCUGCAUCGACAUUCUCAAGGCGCUUCGAAGCAAAGCGAAACCGGAUUCCAAAGUGUUGCUGCUCGAAGUCGUCGUGUUUGGCGACGAUUCGCGCUACGCCAAUGUGCUUUCGGUGCACCUGGGCGCCGUCGCCGGAUCGCACGAACGAACAGAGUCGGAGUACAAUGCCUUGCUGGUGAAAGCUGGCUGGAGACCCAGCAAGACGUACCGCACGCGAAGCAUCAUGUCCGUCAUCGAGGCCGUUCCUGCGUAGCGCGAGCGCGACUGCGAGCGAGACUACAAAAAUGUGCGCGUGCGCGUCGCUCCCACAUCCAUGUCAUCAUUCGCAUCGUCCCACCUGAGCGCCGCUUCCAUUUCCUCGUCUUCAUCCACCAUAUCCCAAGCUUCGCUGCGAUGCGGCAAGUUUGACGAUCCUAAUGAAUAGUUUGCUGUACCAGUAGCGUCCCAUGACCUCGCAGAAUGAAAGGAUGCGGUCGCGCUGCUAUCGGCGGCAGCGGCGGCGUCGGCGUCGGCGUCGGAGCGAGCUGCUGCCCUCCCACGUAUGCUCAAUUCCAUGGAAUCGUCGGCAGUCAAGUUGGCAUUUCCGCUGCCACUUGGUUUCUGUCGCUUGCCCGCUCUCAAUGGUUCCUCGUCUUCUUCCGGUGGAUUGCUUGACAUCGUACCCGCGCUCGUGC